AUGACCUAAAAGCGCUAAACUAUAUUCUCGCUGCAUAAAAUCCAGAAGCAUCCAUCCGUCUCGUCAUUCUAUGGCGGCCAAGUUCGCUCCAGUCCUCGACUGCUUGUCAUCCCGACCAUAAUUCUGCGUUCUUCUACAGGUUAGUAUUGAUGGGAAACAAACCUGCAAAGCAAGAGAAGAACGAGGAGGUGAUGCCGAAGAUUGCACCUCCCGUGGACCGUGCUUAUCUGCAUUGGCUUUCUCGAGACCUUGAAAGAAUUUAUGGUUUCGCCCCAAAAAAGCCACAUGCUGUGAAGCCGCCGGACCACUAUGUAGAGUACAUGCGUAUGAACGGGUGGCUGGACCUGGAUUUAAAUGACCCCGACCUUGCGCACUUACUCAAGUAAGUCAUCCAUUUAUUCUACGAAUUUAUUGUUGUGUCUUUUACCAUAGCUCGAGGGAAACUUCUAUCGUAUGCGUCGAACAAUGCCAUGGUUUCUAACAAUUGCUCUAUAUGAAAAUAUGAAAAUUGAUGCCUUUUGAAGUAAUAUCUAUGCAUUGAUGGUUUUAUGCUUAGAAAGAAUGAUGGUACCCAUAAUCACAAUUAAACAAAAGUAUUGAAGAUGUUGGUAUUGAAUUGGAUUCAACCUAAAUGUAAUAUCUAUACGAAAAUCUAUUAAUU